CAAAAACGAAAAUAAGAUGAAUGACAUGAUCGAGAUCCUCAACCAUCUUCAGAACUAUGUGCCAAACGCAAGAUCUGCAGAGGAAAUAGGCAAUGUGGAUUUGAGGGAUGAUACUAGUGCUGGAAUGCGCCAAAUUCCUGUUGGUGGUGACCAAUUGACGUGUGAAAGAAUCAGAGGAGCUCACAUGGCACGUUGAGAUGGGGAUACACCUGAAGAAAGAUUAGAAGGCUUAUUUUGCAUGGUUGAGGACUUUCAUGAGAAAAUGAAUUUCUUACAGUUGAUUAUGGACAAAUACUUUAAGUCUGAAAGCUGCAGAGAUGCUGCCACACUUUAUCAACUGAAGAACCUUCUGAAUCGCAGGAAUGUCUCCAAAAAUGUUUCCUCGAACUAUCAUGCUGCUAGUGACUUUGUUGAUUUAGUAACAGAAUGUCAUGUAAUUGCUGCAUGUUUAGAGUACUGUGGGAUGGAGAGUAUUGAGAUUCAAUGCAAGAAAAUACCAGUUGCACUACAUAUUGCAGACUCAAACAUGAAAAGAAGAUUAUUACGCCAGUUGGUAGGCGAAGUUGUUGAUACAUAUUUCCUGAAUGCCAUUACGAUCAAUGUUGACAGAAUUGAAGACCCAGCAUCAACGAUGGAUGAAGCCCCUAUUGCACAAGAUGACGCUGUUCAUAAUUAUGCGACCAAUUUUACAAAAAUGGGACUUCUGCGAAAGGUUUCCGUUCAUGCAACCAGAUAUGGAGAUGGCAAUAGAAUGUUGCGCCACUGGAAAUAUGCCAUGUUGCUCUACCACCAGGGACACAAAGUUAAAUACCGCCUUGAGAGUUAUCUAUUGCUUGCUGGGGUGAAUGCCUUACUAACUCCUAGACAAAGACAACAAGUUAUCAGCAACAGAUUUGUCAAUCUACAUGGUGGGGAAGGCCACAACCUUGAAGGUGAUUAUGUGAUGGAACUUUUAAAUCGCUAUGCUAAAUCUCGAAUAAAGCUACUAGGACCAAAUCACACAGAGUCCUGCGUGGAGCGUAUAGGCAAAACAAUGAUGUUCUGUCAUGAUAUACAAGAUAAACUGGAAAAGCAAAUUAAUGUUGCACCACUAUCCAGGGAACAUACCCCUCAAAGUUUACAACGUGAUAGAAAUACCAUCAUUCAGCAGUUGAUCAACUCACGUGUUUUUCAAGUCAUUCCCGGCAGAUCACAUGAAACGUUCACAAUGGAAAAUGUUGACAUCCUGAGCAAUGUAAAUGUACACGAAUUGCAUAAAUGGAUAACCGAAAAGAAGAGGGAGUAUUCAUUUGGAAAAUAUGCUUUCUAAUGUAAGAAAAAUGUGAUCAAAAGCAUGCUCAUGUAUUAUAGUUACUGUAUUGAAAAAUUAUGCAGACAAUAGAUAUGUCUUUCAUAUGUGUGAUUCAUAAUAAGAAAUAUUGAUACCUGUUUAGAUUUUAGCAUGACAAGAAAAAAAAAAAAACCCAGAAUUAUUGUUUUCUUGUUGUAAUUGAGUAAACUUUUUCUUAUGAGAAAUAAAUUCAAUGUAAUAAUUAAAUUGAAGGUUUAUUUUAAUAGAAAUACCUGUAUGUUGUAGUUUCUGACACUAAAUAACUGGUAGACACUUUGCUGUUCCAUAUAAAAAAUAGUU